GCCCGAUGUUAGUCAUUUUUUCAUGACGUUGGUUCGAUAAGUAAAUCUUGGCCAAUUGACAAGCGAUGUUUAUUUCCAUCUUGUUGCCAGUAACGGUUAUCAGCCAUGACAUCAAGAUUAAUAUCAGAUAUUAAUAUAGGUCUGAAAUUUUAUAUUAUUGCAAUUAUAUUUAUUCUCGGAAUUUCUACAUUUCUACACUCUGCUCCGGUUGUAAGAACCAGGAGAUGGCUGUGAAAUCAGUACUCAGACAAAACUAAUUUUACGUGUAAGAAGCACAGAUUUACAGAUUUACAUAUGAAAAAUCAAGCAUAAGUAUAGUGGAUUCAUAUUUAAGCUUGAGUCAGUGGACAAAAGGUUUGUGCAGGACAUUUCAUUGCUUUAUCCGCUACCCACGGCUUGAGCUGAGUGUAUAUUUUGUGUCUUAUUUGACCAAUUACCUGAGGUCAUCAUGCACCCAAGUACCCCCACACCCCAUCUCCAGCAGUCAUCCUGUGAUGGAUGAGGUGCCAGGCCAUCAUAGGGCAUCACACAGGACAGAAAGUCAUACCUGCAGGCAGCUUACAGAGGCCAGUUAACCUGAGAGUCAUGUUUUUGAACUGUGGGAGGAAGCCGGAGUACCUGGAGAGAACCCACCAGUGGCGCCCCCUAAGGGGGGUGUAAAGGGUUCAUGGCCCCUUCCAGGAAAAAUGUUUGCCACCGAGAAAAGCAUGAGUCAUCUCCUUCAAUCAAGAAAUAAAUGUAACAAAUAAAUAAAUGUACAUUUAUAAAAUUUUAAAUAGAAUAACAAUUGUUAAUACAAUAAAUAUAUCUUAAUUUUUUGUUGUUGUUUGUUUAGCUGUGCACUCAAAGUUUUUACUGGCCUGGUUUGCCCACCCAUACAAAAGUUUUCAGAAUCCACACGUUCAUGGAGAGAAAUCCAUGAACGACCACAGACUGGGAUUCAAAACCAAGACCUUCUACUUUGAGUGAAAUGACUACAGUGCUACCAACUGCGCCAUGCAGCUCAUUCCCAAGAUUCAAUCUAAGUUUUUUUUUUGUAUCAUUAUAAGUGGCUCCCGUGUAGCCCCCCCUCCAGCCCCCCUUACAAAAUCUCUAGUGGCGCCCCUGCUCUCCUUUCUUUCGUCGGUGAGUGGCUUUAUGAGUUCCCGGCUCAUCUUUCUCCCGCAUUCCUGAACUUCCUCAAAAGCAACCUUGUCUCUUUGUGUCGUCAAGCUGCAAGUGCAAACCGCUGCCAGUCGCCUAAAAUCGCAAAGUGCAGUGAAUAAACCGGCUCGGUUGAGUUUUUCUUUCCUUCCAGCCAUUCCCGUAAACAUUUCUCUCCCCUCCUCUCUGCCCUGUUCUCCUCUCGCCAUGCCGCGGAUCCAUCCCUCCGUCUCGCCCACAGUUGCAGCGCAUUUGUGUCCCGGGAUGACCUGUUGAUGUCGGUUAAAGAUGGAGUGCCAAGAUCACCCGCUAUAAACUCCUCCCCGGUUAAAAAAAAAAAAAAAAAAAGAAGAAGAAGAAGAAGAAAGAAAAAAAAAAUAGUCUGGAAAUUGGAGUUCUGCCCAGUAUCGCUUCUGUGGUUGGCCGAGAUUGCUUAUUAUAAAUAAUUUAAUUGAAGCAAGACAUCAUAAGCGACAUCUUGGACGGGACUAGCUCGUCUCCGAACCGGAUCGGUAGCUGCUCCGCUGUACCGCCGGGAGGAGAAGGACAUCGCUCGGUGCUGCUGGCGCGGAGGCGCGGGGAGACCACCGGCCCCCUCCACGGUUUCCAGGAAUUUUUUUUUAAUGUCCCCCCCGCUUUUCCCCAGACGACAAAAAGAGGGAAAUAUUUGGCUGCAUUCUUUAAGUGAAGUUGGAGCUGACAUUUAAAAUAAAAGGGAGGGGGGGAGAAAAAAAAAGCUAUAUUUUGAAUCCUUCCUCCGCUGCUGCUGCUGCUGCUGCCCCCUCCCGCUGAACACGGCCGGGUCUCUCACACCGGCCCGGGCCAACCGAGCUCUCCUAAAUCCUACCGGGCAUCGAGGCUGGCACACAGCGGGGGCACCGACAGCUUUCUGGCCGCCCCGACUUGCCCUGCUUCCCCGCUGGUAGCGGGACUCAGCCUCCGAGGUGUCCGCCGGCGAGACUCUGCUAGACUUUCACACCCUGUGGUCCUGGGCAGAGCGUUAUGGCUCAGACGCUGCAGAUGGCGAUCCCCAACUUUGGCAACAAUGUCCUGGAGUGUCUGAACGAACAGCGGCUGCAGGGCCUCUAUUGUGACGUCUCCGUGGUCGUCAAGGGGCAUGCCUUUAAGGCUCAUCGUGCAGUUCUGGCAGCCAGCAGCUCCUACUUCCGGGAUCUGUUCAAUGCCGGCGGGAAGAGCUCUGUGGUGGAGCUGCCGCCGGCUGUGCAGCCGCAGAGCUUCCAGCAGAUUCUGGCCUUCUGCUACACGGGGCGCCUCAGCAUGAACAUCGGAGACCAGUUUCUGCUGAUGUACACCGCCGGCUUCCUCCAGAUCCAACAGAUAAUGGAGAAAGGCACAGAGUUUUUCCUCAAGGUCUCUUCCCCAAGCUGUGACUCCCAGGGUCUCCAUGCCGAGGAGACUCCGUCCUCCGAGCCCCAGAGUCCAGUCACCCAGACAGUCGGAGGGGUGGGUGUGGGUGUGGCUGCAGCGCCUGUAGGAAGGCCUGCUUCCUGUCUGACGCCUCUUCCCUUGGUAUCCAAGGUGAAGUCGGAACAAACGGCCACUACGCCUCAGCAAGUCCCUCAGCACCAGCAGGAGGGCUCACCCUACUCUGUGGUCUGCACCCCCGUGGCCAAGCGGCUGUGGGAGGGGGCCAACCGGGAUGGCGGCGGGGGGUCUGGAGGAGGCGGGGGAGGUGGAAUGAGGAAGGCUGCACGCUACUCGUCCUCCUCCUCUUCUUCCUCGUCUUGUAACGCAGCGACGCAGGAUACGUCUGGGCGAGGCCCGGCGACCGGUGUUGUGAUGGGAGCCGGCGUUGGCGGUGCCGCUUUAGUGGGAGGAGCUGGACUCAACACUAACCACAACAGUAACAACAACAAUGUCGGCACCCCUGAAGGCACCAGCCCGGGCACGCUCAGCAUGUACACGAGUGACUCGCCAAUCAGCUACCACGACGAUGAGGAGGAGGACGAGAUUGCGGACGAGAGCGCCGAAGAGCAGUACAGACAAAUCUGCAACAUGUACACCAUGUACAGCAUGCUGAACGCCGGAGCGGCAGUGGUUGGAGAAAGGGUGGACGCUUUGCCAGACUUGGCCCCCGAUUCGGGAGGCGGGCGUGGAGGCAAAGGGGGGCGGUCCCGGCAGGACCUGGCGUCGCUGCCGGCCGAGCUCAUCAGCCAGAUCGGCAACCGCUGCCACCCGAAGCUCUACGAGGAAGGCGACCCGGCGGAGAAGCUGGAGCUGGUCAGCGGCACCUCCGUCUUCAUCUCGCGUGCCCAGCUCAUGAACUGUCACGUCAGCGCCGGCACCCGCCACAAAGUGCUACUCAGGCGGCUGCUGGCGGCGUUCUUUGACAGGAGCACACUAGCUAACAGCUGUGGAACCGGCAUCCGCUCAUCGACCAAUGACCCCAGCCGGAAGCCGUUGGACAACAGAGUGCUGCAUGCGGUCAAAUUCUACUGCCAGAACUUUGCACCGAGCUUCAAGGAGAGCGAGAUGAACGCCAUCGCGGCCGACAUGUGCACCAACGCCAGGCGCGUCGUACGGAAGAGCUGGAUCCCCAAGCUCAAACUGCUGAUGGCCGACAGCGACGCAUACUCGGCCUUCCUGGCCGACAGCGUGAAGAUGGAGGCCGACGUGCUUGGGGUGGAGCAGGGCUUCGACCCUACCUCUCUGGAGGCCGUGGCGGCGGCCGGCAAUAACAGCGAAGCGUCUAGCGGGACCAUGUCGGCUGACGCCAUGCCAGGGGCCGGCGGAGACGGCAGCACUUUGUUUUGAGCAAACGAUUACAUGGAGGCAGAUCGGACGGACUCAUUCGUCUGCGGUAAAGAGUCGAGAACAUUGGACCGCCGCGGUCUCCAUGACGGUUGUCACACAACAACCCCCCCGCCCCCCUUCCCAGCUGCCAGGUGGCUGGGAAUCUGUUCCUUCUCUCACAAGCUGCGUUUCCAUUGACCAUAUAAUUGCGCAAAUUGGAAUUACAAAAAUUAAUGAGCUAAAUGGAAACACGCCAAUUUUGGAAAAAAACAAUACAAAACACGUUUUUCAAUAAAACCGUCUUUGUGCUAGGAUGAAGUGGUUUUUCAGAUUUUUUUUUGUUGAAGUUGGCGUAUUUCGGAAGACACUUUUUUCACAUCACACGAGUCACGCGAUCAACAACCGGAUGUUAGCACGGCGGAAAAUUUACGUAGGAGAAGACAGGAAACGGCUUUUCCUGUCUUCUGUGGAUGAUGGACAUUUGUUAACGACUUUGUUUUGUUUAACGAACACGCGUGACCGGACGUAUUCACGUGUAAUUUCAAUUGCGUUUCUUAUUUAAUGGGAAACACCGUCAUUGCGAAAUUAUGCUUUUUCGACUUCAGCGGAUUGUCAAAAACGUUUUGUGCGCAUUUGUCCUGGAAACGCAGCUACUGUUUGGUCAGUUUCUUGUACUUUCCUUCCUUUUGCUUGUUUUUGUCUUUCUCUCUCAGAAGGUUCUCGUUCUUCUGACAGAGACCGACAGAAAGACGUAGAGAAAGGUCGCAGAGUAAAGAACGUGAACCCCACUACCCCCCCAAAACCGAACACACACACUCACCUCUUCAUUCCUCUGCAACCUUUCUCAACUUUUAGUUUUUCUACUUUUUGUUUUUAAAGCUUUUAUUGUCACCAAGGCUCUUUCCCUUCACAAUCAAUCACCGACAUUCCCUGGGGAGGGCUGUCAGUGAGGGUAAUCCUGUUUGGAGAGAGCGAUAUUUUCCCUCCCCCAAACUCCGGUAACACUGUUGUUUUGAUAUUGAAUGUAUGCGAGGCGAAGCGUCCGAACUACAGUGUUGUAAGGCAGUGACGACUGAAAGAUUGUGCUGAGCCCCUUUUUGCUUUGACUGUUUAGUAUUUUGUGGCAUCGAUGAGGUCGAGGGUUGUACAUUUUCGAUGUGUAUAUUGACAGUUUACAAUCUCCUGGCCCCGCUGACUGAAACCCCCAACACCCUGUUACAAAAAAUCUUUUUGUUUACAUUGUUCUUUUUAUUAUUAUUAUUAUUAUUAUUAUUCCCAAGGCUCCUGGGGGUGGACAACAAUGCUACAGAUUGCAGUCAAAGAAAUCUGUUGGCUAUGAAUACACUGUUAUUUUAUUUUAUGUGGUACAAGUACAAUCAGGCUGUGUUUUUGUACGGAUCUGAAGCGGAAGACGCAUGUUUUUAUGUUUAUUGUUUUUUUUUUUUUUAAAUGUUCAACUCCCCAAACCCACCCCUCUUAAAAACAACCAAAUUUUUUAGCUAAUGUCCAAUUUUUUCCAAUGUUUACCACCCAUUUGAAAAAAAAAAAAAAUUUAAAGAAAAAUUCCAAAUUGUAAAUACCGCAAGUCUCCACCUCUUUGAGCUCACUAAGCUAUUUUGAUGUGCAUGUGAUUGCUUUGCUAAGUAUUUCUACGCCUUCAACCUUUUCACAUUUUAGUAUUAGCAACAGAGACGUAAACGAAAGGUGUGUGAUUAUGAAAGGAAUAAAGCACAUGGAUUUCAACAUUCAAAAUAAGUUUUUUUGGUGCUACUUUAGAAAUAUUUACAAGGAAUUUUGUGAUAUCUUAUCAUUAGACCCCUUUCAAAAGCCACAUACAGAAGAAGAAGAAAAAAAGAACUUAACUAGCUUGAUUUAAUUUCUUUGGAUUUUCGAAAUUGCAAAUUUUCUGCAAUUGCGAAAUUGGAAAAGACUGGAGGAUUAAAUGACAUCUUAAGGCAGUCACAUCCUCUAGCUUUUAUUUAAGGAUAGUAAGGAAAGGAAAGUAAUAGCAGGUAAAUACAAAAGCAUGCCACACUAACAUUAAAAUUGUGUUUAUUUUUCCUUCCACUUUGCAGUUUUGCACCACUUUAUGUUGAUCUAUCACAUGAAAUCCUGAUGGUACACAAAGAUGUUUUUACUUGGAAUGUGACCAAAUGUGGAAAGGUUUAAGGAGUGUGAAUACUUUUUGCAAAGCACUGAGUGUGUGAGGUCCUUCUUAUCUCGCGUUUGAAUUGAAAUAUUCGCAGCUGCGGCGCUAAGAGCGCAGGUUUUCCCUCAGGCGUUUUCUGGCUGGUUGUGUGCUGGGAUUGACAGAAGCGCGAAUACUUGGCAGGGACUAUGUGUGUAUAUGUAGGGUUGAAUGUGUGUGUGUGUGCUGCUGGGAAGAGAGAGAGAGAGAAAGAGUGGGAAGUCAGACGGCACGUUUUCACACACGCUUGGUCGAUUCAUUCACUGCUCAGAUCUGCACUCUAAUACACAUUGGGGCGCUGCCGGUCCCAUCGGCCACAGCGCACCAGGGAAACAUGGGAAUCCAACGAAACGCAUCGAAGUGAUCAGCUAACGUAGAUUUGUUUCUGUGUGCGGAACAUGCUGGGAACACUUUGAAAGUUCUUUGUUAGCAUUUUGAAAAGAAAGUUGCGGUAUUUAUUUACUAAAGAUGCAACUAAAUAUAAAUGGGAGAUCAACCAAAAAAAUACAUUGGCAUAGAAACAGAUGUUUUGGCUGAAUAUAAGAAUUUAAAUAAAGGAAGAAAAAGAUUUUUUUUCAAAGAAAUUAACAAAUGACCUUCAGAAUUUAAAGCUCGUCUAAAUAGUUGUCAGUUAAACCCCGAAAGGGUUUUUUUUCCCUUCGUGAUUAAUUCGCCAAAACCAGUAAUAGCUUUUGACUAUGCCGACUAUUAUUUUGGACGUGAAGGGCAUUGUGAUGUGUCAAAUAAACCUCGAGGAUCUCUGAUCUUUUAGACAGAACACAAAAGCCAGGGCGACGUUGCCAAAACGCGGGAUUUCAACGAGAUUUAACCUCAGACCUUCGAUGGCCAUUUAUUACUUAAAAAAUAGAUAUUGCAACAAUCAAAACAUUUGAAGUUUAUGUUCAUAUCCAUCUCAAAAUGACUGUGUCUGCUAUAUUUUAUUAUAUUUUAAGUAGUUCUUUUGUUUCUUACAUAGACCCAAAACCGGUGAAACCUCUCCUUCAUGUGAAUGUCUGAUGAAUUCAACACAUGACGUUUUCAUACGUGUAUUUGCCAGUAUUAAAUCAAAUUUUAAAGAUGAGACACGUAUAAUUAAAAUGCUACUGCUAAAUAUUGAGAUUUUAAGCUAACUUCUAAAAAAUAUAUUUUAAAUAUGAUAAAAUAUAAGACUGCUCAGUGGAGUUAAGGUACAAAAAAUGUGUGUUUUGACGGAUAGUAUUCAUGAACACGUAUGCUGUACUGUUAUAUUCAAAACGUAACACUAUGAUGUUAUUAAUUUUCCACCAACAUGUGCUACUGAUAACCUUCACAACACGCACAGAUAAAUAAGUUCCCCUAUUAUUGCAGCAGCAUGAAAGAAAGAAAAAGAAAAAUCCAACCUUUAAUUGAGGAUAAUUAAUUCAAAGAGCAAAGAAAGUGUCAAGAAAUGUUUUUAGCAAACUCACUUAAAGAUAAGAGAACACGGUAUUCAAUUAGAGCUGAUGUGUGACUGUCUCCAUAUAACAGGAAAUGGCCACAAGAAAAGACAAACUCGCCAAAGUAAAACUAAACCUUCCUACAGAGCAAUAAUGAUAACGUUUAAAACAACAGGAACGGUGACAAUCGAUAAGAGCUCAAGUUCAUCUCGCACAGUGAGGUUGAUGACAGCAGCAGUGCUUUUAACAUGAUUUUUAAACAUACUCAGCAGUAGUACAAACGUUUAGUGUCACUAAUCUUCAUCCGUACACUAGACAUUGAAGGUGCUGUACGUGCGAAAAGACAAACAGCAGCGUAGUGACCUCAUAUGCAUAUCUAACAUAUCCGCCAUGUUUAUUUAUCCAAACUACUUGGCUAGAUUGCUGUGACUAAGAACAAUAAGCUAGCAAGGUCCAUUCCUUUUUCUUAUGCUUGUUUCUGUUCAAUCCUUUCUUUUAGUUGUUUUAAUGGAGCUGUUAUCCUAAGCACCUUAUUGCCUGUGUGGCAAAACAAAAAACAACAAGUAAAUUGCCUGAAAGUUGACUAGGUAGCUUGUGGCCGUCAACAAAUCUUUGGGUCUUCCCCACACUUGACAAGAAAGAGACGAGCGAGAAAAAGAAUCAUCUUGAAUCUCCUUGUCAGACUGAAUCAGUGUUGUACAAACACAACCCAGAGGUUUUCCUCAGACCAGAACUGACAGUUUCCAGAUCAGUGUUAAGAAAUAACAAGGUCUUGAACCCCGUGGUUAGAAAAUACAUUUUGGUCAAAUUAUGGGAAAACUUUUCAGACUUCCCAUGUAUAUCACCAGGAGUAUAUGGGGAACAAACCCUGAAUUUGAGGGCACUGUUCACACCAGCCCUGUUUAAUCCGCUUCAAUCAACUAUGUAGUUCAUUUGUCUGAAAAAAAACAACAAAAAAACCCAGGUUCAUUUGGGGGGAUGUGAAUGCGUAAUCAAACUUUGAUGUUGAGCAAAAAAAGCAAACUCUGGUCCGGCUACAAACCAGGUCUUGGUUCAGUUGAAGUGAACUCUGGUGCGGUUUGAAUGCAUAUGGGAAUGCCGAGCGGACCAAAGAACGCUUCAAAAGCAGGAAGCGUACUAUAGCACAAGGCAUUCUGGGUAAAUAUAACCAAAAGAAAUGUGCUUGCUGGGAAAAAAAACCCAUAUUUGAUAUACAAUAAUGAUUACCUCAAAAUAUUAAAUGGCUCUCCUAUUACAACAAAAAAGUGAUAUUUGACAUUUUCUCCGAAUUGGCCAGUUAAUUCCCAUGAAAUUCAAUGUAAAGUUUCAGGGAAUUUACCUGAAAUUUUCUGCCACUUUCCACCAUUUCAUUUGUUUUCAUAUAUAUUUAUGUAUUUAUAUAAUGUAAUUUUUUUUUAAUUAAUAUUUCUCUAUGAAUAGACCGAGAAGCACAAAACGCACGUGGUACAAGCUAAGCCUGGGCGAUAAACCAAAAAUGAACCGAGACCGAAAUUUAUGACAACGGCCGACAUCAUUUUGCAAUUAUUGGCAUAUUCAGUAUUUAAAGGAAACGAAAGUGGUUUAUGUCUUUUUUGGUUGUGUACACGGUACGCUAUGCUCAUGUUCCUUUAAGACGCUGCGCUACCUGUACAGUCUGUAGUCACGUGACUCCACCCCAUCUAGUCGCCAAAAAGACGUGAAAGAGACUGUGAGGUUGAGGAAAUUGAGGAAAUACGAAUUGUUGAAGGUAGAGCUGGUUGAGGAGGAAAAGGAACAGAUCAUUCCCCCCUCAAAAAAGCAUCAAUCAUUAGGCAACAUUUUGGAUCCAGCAAGGACGUUAGAAGUUAUUUCAAACUUCUAAACUUGUUCAGUUUGUUUAUUGGCUCAAUAACAACUAAAAGUACAAAUCUUUCUUAAUUUAUUUAGCCGUAGUUUUAACGUUCAUUAAAAUUGCAAUAAAAGUAACUGCGAAAAACCGGUCCAGAGGGAUUAUACUAUCAAUAUAACUGACUGCGAAGUAUUUAUCACAUUCUUUCAUUUCGGUGUGGGAGGGGCAGUGUUAUUGUCCAUUUAUCGUUGUUGAGGUGAACGCUCAGUAAAUCACGGUACUGAUUUUAGGCCUUAUUGCUCAGUCAUAGCACAAUUUACGGCAACCUAGCCGAGUUCGGUACCUGAAGGACGGCACAGAUUUGAUAAAACAUUACAAAGUAGGACGAAAUGAAUCAGGAGAAGACUUAGGGGAAAAGGAGGGCACAAUUUAUUAUUUGCCAUUUCUAAAUCAGCUGUUUAAAUGAAAUCCAGUGCUGUGUGUGUAGAAGCUCCUUAAACGGGGGGACGAAAUAUCUGAGGGAUGGCGACGGAGGAAGAGGACAGGGCGAGUCUCCCUAGAGAGGAGGGACGAACGAAUAGACGGGGAGGAGGUUGAGGUGGUGGGAGCAGGCACGCUUGGAUGAUUUUGGUAUGAAUGCAUGCAUGCAUACUGCCUUGUGUGUAUAGCCUGUAGGUGUGUGUGUGUGUGUGUGCGUGAGAGAGGACGAACAAGGUGUGGGUGUGUUUUUAGCGUGCGUAUGCAUAUUAAUGUAUGGAUGUGCUCCUCUCGCUUCCUUCCAUCUCCAUUUAUGGCAUGUUAACGUCUGCCUCCUCACGAGGGAGAGCACGCGCAUGCGUGUGUGUUUGUGUGUGCGUGUACGUGCCCGUGCGAUCAUACGUCCGUGCUCGGUGUGCGUCUCAGAUCUAUGUGCUGCGUACGUGUGUCUGGCUUCGCGUUGCGACUGCGCAUGUCUGCCGCUGUGUGUGGGUGGUUUGGGUGCUUAGCUCUACAAGGUCUGUGUGUAUAUCGGCGUGUGUGUGUGUGUGAGAGAGAGAGAGAAAGUGGGUGGUAUAUGCACAGAGGAUGAGAUAAGUGGCUGUUUUUUUUUGUUCCUCGAACAGAGUGGCAUACCUUUCUUUUUACCCACAUCUGCAGUAUGCGUGUAUUAUACUCAGCUGAAAAAUGUAAAGUAAAUUCAAAGUAAAAAAGCAGAGCAAAAUCAUUAAUUUUUUACAUUUUAAGCUCUUCGCUAAAACAAGAAGCUUGUCCAGGCCCUGGUCAGGCGUCCUGAAGAAACCUGCAGACGCAACUUCCUGACAACUCCCUCCCUCUCUCUCCUCUUUGUUUACAUCUCUUUAUUUCUCCAUACGUACAAUUCUCUCUCUCUCUCUCUCUCUCUCUCUCCUCCUUUGUCUGUUCAGCAAACACACACACACGCAAAGGAAGGGAGCUGAACGGCGUCGGUCCCUUGUUGCUUCAUUACGCGCGCCAUCGUUUUCGUCUCGACUCCAUUUUCUUUACAGAAUGCAAAUCCCUGCCAAUAUAUGUGCAUCCUCGUGUGUGUUUGUGUGUGUGGGCGGUCUGUCUACAACAACAGAUGGAGCUGCCAAAUAGGUUGCUGUCUGUGUGGGAAUAUGUGUGUGUGUGUGUGUGUGUGUUUCUGUGAGCUAUCUGAAUGCAAAUCUGAAAGGUCGCCAGGCGUAGGUACGUAUAAUCAGAUGAAUCAGAGAUGAUUUUUUUUAUGCUUAUUGCACCUCCUAAUAAUCAGAGUAUUGACGAAGGAAGGCACCGAGUGUCCCACGGCGGCCGUGUGCUGACCAAUCGCAGGAACGCACAGGGAAGAGACGCAGCCAAUCAUGAGGUGAAUAACAACCAGACUGUUAAAGCAGGUGACCGAGUGGGUUCAGACAAUUAUUCUAAUUAUCCUGGAUUUGAGCAGAAAGACGAGGAAAAGGUGGCGCUGUGCCGCGCCUCCUCCCGAGGAGGAGAUGUUUGUUAAGAAUCUCCCAGGACAGAUGAGGCAUUGCGGCACUCUGCCGUCACAUGAGCCAAGCUUCAAACCAGACAAAGACACAAGAGUGAGAGGAGAGAGAAGAGGCUGAUGAUUCUUUUUUUUCCCCCCCCUUUCUCUCCCUCUCUCUCUUUUUUUGGUCUGCUGUAGGAAGAUAAACACCUCAGUGCUCUUUUGUUAAUGCUGCAGGAUUUAGUGUGGUGGGAGUAGAAACAAUAAAAACCCAGGGAUGGACCGAUCAAUCCGCCAGAGAUCAAAAUCGUCCCAACUUUCCCUCGAUCGGCAGGUCGGAUCCUGAAAAAUCGGAAUCUACUUCCUGUUCGUUAAAUGCAUCCAAACUGAGAAGGUCGUCCAUUUUCAGUCCAUAAAUGCAUCAAUCCCACAGGGUGUACUAAAAUAAUUGGGGUGCAUCGAGCAUAAAUAGGGACAAUCUUAAUUCCUCAAUCUACUGUUUGGUUCAAAAACAACUACCUCUGUCUAUUAACCCUCAGCACAUUCUUGUGUUUUACGUUCAUUUUGUGGAAAGACAAAAAAAAAAGGCAGAAACUUUCGAAACGGGAAUCAACAACUCAGACCAACUCAGCAAAAAAAAAUUAAUAAAUAAAAAUCUGUGCAGGAAAAGCCCAGUUGGUGCAUCUGCACAAAAAAAUUAAAGCGACUCCAAACGGUAAACACAGCUUGCAGAAAUGAAAUUGGUCAAUUUUAUUUAUGUGGCACAUUUCAAUGACAGGCCAGUUCACAGUGCUUUACACCAUCAAAAUAGAAUACAGUAACCAAUUAUGAAACAAGCAAUAGCCACUACAUUUAGUCAAACGCCGUCAUAACGCAAAAAUACAUCAAAAAUGUUGAUCAGUGUUCCAGACAACUCUAAACAGAAGUGGCAUUAGCCUUGAUUUAAAGGAAUUUCGUGUGUCAGCAUUUUGGCAGUUUUCUGGAAGUGUCUUCCAGAUUUGUGGUGCAUAGAAGCUGAAAGCUGCUUCUCCACAAAGCACUACAGAUCCAUCCAUCCCGCAGUUAAUUUCCUCUUAACUUGUUUGUUUGAAUUCUUCUCCCCUCUGUCCUGAAAAGUUCUGCUUGUAAAGAUAUUUUUUUUCCACAGCUGGAAAGACCGUUCAGCCAUGUUGGCAGUCACACCUCCCAACUGUGGUCUUUAAAUUAAACACCGUGUUUGUUCUUCGUCCCAUUUUCUAACGUACAAGUUAGAAAAUGGGGAAAAAUUAUGAAUACGUGACUGAGCUGCAGGGUAGGGAGUUAUUGCUUUUUAAAAAAAAAAAAAUCUAGACUUGUUUUUAAAAAAUGCAUUAGAAGACAAUUAAAAAAAUUUCCUUGUUCUUAUUACUGCGGGAAACUUCCUGAAAUGUCCAGUAAACCAGUGUCAGUUUACUUUGGCUCAUAUUAAAAAGUAGUAAUCAUGUACACAAUUCUUGAGAGAGGUGCAUUGUUCACCAUAGUCACAGGUGAAAAGAAAGUACACCUCUUUUCACUCCUAGGGUUUUAUGCAUCAGGAUCUGAUCUCAACCAGGAUCCUCAAAUGUGCAAAAAGGAAACACACACACACACACACACACACAUUGGACUGUUGAAUAAAAUAAGCCAAAACGAUCUGGUUUCGAAAAGAGAACGAAUCUUUCCAACAUUGUUCCAGUCUUUCGAGCUCUACAGAAAUCCAGAUCCAAACAGCCCUCUAAAGGACCUGCAACAACAUUUCAGUCAAUUUUAGGUUUUGCCUGGGUGACUUCAACAUUCUUUUAUUUUUCUACAUGUGCUAUGUUUGGCAUCGGCGGACUGACCCACUUUGGGCCAAGUUUUGGCUGUUAGACGGCCUCCAUUUGACUCAAGAGUUUUAUGAUGGACUUGGAGCUCAGGUCCGGUAGCCACAAAGCCAGAACAAACGAUCUGCCACCCUGCAUGACACGCUGUAUGAGCUCUUUGUGCUGGCAGCUCUUCUAGGAUCUAUUCUAUAGACAGAGGGGAGAAGAUUUUCACUUGGUAAGAAUUUUUUUUUUUUUUUACUAAUUGGACUAGGGGCAUGGGGAAAAUAUCAACCUUGAUUUCCUUAAUUUUGUGAGAUUGGCGAUUGGCUGAUACAUGGAAAAACAAAAUUUUCCACUGACCUUAUCUACCUGUAUCAGCCAAAAUUGGAAUCGGCUGGCCAGGUUUUUUUAAAGAUCGGUGAUGGUCAGAAAUCGGUGCCCCCCUAGUUUGGAUUUUUAAGACAUUGUACGUAGUUAUAAGAAUAACCACAAUCCUAAUUCUCUGAUUCAUCACCAGAGCCUAACAAUACAUCAGUAAAUGUUGAGUGAUUUUAAGGGCUUCAAAAAUUGGUGGACUUUUUUUUUCAUGACGAAAAGUCAUUGUUUGCAGCUUUGAUUAAAAUAUUUGAAAGUUUUAUUUGGAAAGAAGCAAUAAUAAGUAUUAUUUUAUGUAGCAGAGUAGAUGGAAACUACUGUGAGACAAAUUGACCUUAGUGCUGUUUUACUGACUGUUCAUUGGAUUAACAUCACCUAGACGCAGGUAAGAGAGCAAAGUAAAAGUAAACAAUGUUACAUUUUAAAAUGGCAUUUCAACAAAGAAAUAUUUCCAAAACUUAAGAUAAGUCAUGCAUCUGUGUUUUAUUAGAAAAAAAGUUAAUAGGAGUUUGUUGUAACAAACAUUUAGACAGUUUUUGUCUGAACUACAAAAUGCGUAAUUAGAGAUGCACUGGUCAGUUUUUGACUAGCCAUCACCAAUUAACGUAAAUUAAAUUAUAAUCACUCUGUCUCGCCUUCCUGCCAUAAUCGGCCAUUAAUUACGCAUAGUAGAACAAAAUGUGACAUCACAGUGUUAGAGCAGUUUUUGUUAAAUACGAUGUUCCAAUUACUUUUAAACCAACAGACAAUAAAUAUGGAGUUAACAUCUUAAACUGUCUUUACAUUUCAUUUAAGCAAUACGCUUGAUUAGUGCGGUUUGCAUUACUAAAACUUCUGUGAGUGUGUUAGAGGAUUUCCAAAAGGCUGCCAGCAUUUCCAAAUCCAACAUGUUUUUCAACAGAAGCGUUCAGACGGAGCCGUUUUGCUGCUGGUUUAAGUUUUCUCCUGAAAGUCUUGCUCUCUCUUAAUUUCCUGCAGCCAGGCUCUACAUGUAAUAGUACAAUUUCUUACAUCUGUGCUUCCUCUGAAAAGAAAAAACACUUCACUGAUGCAAAAAAAAAUUUUCUUCACUCAGCAACAGCGGUACCACUGAAGAUAGUUGUAAUCACGUCCUUGCAGCUCUGUGAUUUGUGCUCGCUGAGCAGAUCCUUUUUUUUUUUUCUUCUUGUUUCCAAUGGUCAGGGUGAAUCAAACUGAAAACCACAUCUCUAAUAGGAACUUAGGAAUUGAAUCUCCUAGUGCCAUACACUGUUAAUCGUGUUGUUUGCCCUUUUGUAGGGAAGCUAUUUAAAGGCAACGUUCUGUCUCGCGUUUGGGUGGGCCAGAGGGUGUUGUGUGUGUGUGUGUGUGCGUGUGUGUGUGUGUUAAUGUUAAAUUUCAUUUUGCUUUUUUUGUUUCAGAUUUGAGUCUUUAGUUAUCAAGCUAUUUUUAAAAGAGAUGCUACUAAUAUUUCAUCUUUUAACGCCUGUAUGUAGAGUUGCGUAAACGGUUGAUACACGGUUAGGUGUAAAAUAGUUUAGAAAAAGAGAACCACAUAUUUUUACAUUGAAAUUGUAUGACUGAGUUGCUGUGGGCAUUGUGAGGGGGAUAUGGGUUGCUGGACCAGAUGUUUAGUUUUUACUGUACCAAGGAUUUUGUCAGUCAGGGUCAGGGGAUGCGCCAACUGAGGAAUGUAUGGAUAUAGGAAGACAAAAAACUGUGAGGCUCACUUCAAGUAAAUUCUGCAAGUCUAAAUGACUGUUUUAAACCAAAUUAUGUCAUAAAUAAACAUGUACUCACUCUUAAAAGUAUCAAUUGACCCAGUCAAGUUUACAAUAACUGGUUCUUGAAUCACCUUUUUCUCAAAGCAUAAGCUACCACUGCAUGAAUGUUUAAAAUCCUUCUUUAAACGCCACCUAGUAUCAAUUGACCCAGGUCCAGUAUCAAGGUCCAGGCUUGGAGGAAUGAGGGGGGCAGGCCUCAACCACUGCAGCAACUUCCAAAACCCACCAGGUGGCGGGAAGGAAGGGAUCCCAAAAAGCGGUGAACUAUGAUUGUAAAAGAGUCGAUCACUGUAUUCAUCCAAGCACCUUAAUGGCGGACGCCAUAGAGCCUCCGCCGCUAUUAUCCGACACUACAGGAUACCCUCCAAACAUGUCCGCCAACAACGCCAAAUAGAUUGAAAAAUACUGACAUGAAUUAAAAAAAAUUGUUUUAAAAAAACCCAAAACAAAAGAGAGCACUCCACUUGUUUGUUUGUCCGACGUCUCCAUCCGUUCCGUCAGUCUGCAUUGGUUAACUCCUGAUCUCAUCCGACCCACAGAUAGGGGGAAAAAGUGACUUGUAGAGAGUGGGAGAAAAAUAAUAAAAAAUAAAAGCACCUUCUGGGGAGCGCUCAACUUUCCUGUAGAGCCAAAGCCCUCUGCACCUUUCUGAGCACGCUCACUGUUGUCACUUCCUAUCUGUGGUUUAUGAAUGCUGGCAUCUGAAGUGGGACUUUUUGAUUGGGGAAGGGGUAAAAAAAAAAGGGUGUAGAUUUAAUAUGAGGAGUCGUUUUCUAUGUAAAUUCCUUGUUUUUAUCAUUUUUACUUUUAUGUACUAUUGCUGUUUAUUUGAUUUCUUUCCCCUUCUCUCUUCUCUGAAAGAUGUUUAUUGUUGAAAUGAUGAAGGAUGAACAGUUCAAGCUGUCUCCCCCCAGGUGGGGUGAGGAUUGGGGAUCGGGGAGAUCGUCCAGAUGGGUGGAGUGAAGCAGGUGAUGAUUUGAACAGGGUUCUCACACAGGACUGGAAAUCCGCACAACAUGAAGAAAAACCCACCUCCUAAUUUCAGCUGACAAUUGAUUGAAAUCUUUGAUGAUCUGAAGAAAUCAUGCCAUCUUUCAAAAAGUGUUUUUCCAUUUUAAAAAAUGGACUCAAAAUGAAAAAGUCCAAUUCUACCAGCAAGUGUUGAAAUCGUGUCUUAAUGCAGCUGAUAAUCAUUUGCUGACAGCCACCAUUUCUCUAUGCAAACAUAUUUUCGGCCUCAGAUUUUUACAAAACCACCCCCCAAAAAAACAAAUGCCCGUCUAAGAGGCACGGAGCUACACUGUCCAGUAUUCUUUCAAUUAUAAACAGACAUAGAUAUUGAGUUUUAAUAAAUUUACAAAACAUUUUGACUCCUUUUUAUAUAUACCAAAGCAAAAUUUAAACAUUCACUCCUUAGUGUUUCAAAACAUUUUGGCGGAACGUAAAGGCCACCGCUUAAUCUGUUAUUUAAAGUGUAAAUAGAUAACACUUUUUAAUUUUCUGGAUUGAAUCCUGUAAAAAUUACAGUGGCUUCGCCGUCAGAAACCUUGUGUGUGCUUUCGACUUACAAAUUUGGUAAUGAAAAGGUGGAAAGUGUCCAACAAAGACAUGCUUUCAACACUUGAUCCCAGUGUAACUUACAGAAACAAUGGGUGGAUUUUUUUUUUUUCCUGUGUGGGAACCUGUUUGAAAACCGCAAGGAACGUCAGUGACGGCGUGAUCACGUGUGUAUAAUGAAACAAAAACAAAUCUUGACUUGAGAACUGACAAGAGCAGGAAGGAAACGCAAGACCUUCUUGAAUCAAGAUGGCAAUACUUAGGCGACGUCUUUACAGCUUAUCCCUCCCUCUCUGUCCUUCUCACCGUCACGGCCUUUUUCUCCCAUGGUCCUCGGCGGUUCUGCUUUGACCACCUUCACCCGCCUUGUGGGACUCCGAAAAUCUUCACAACUUCCUUCUGUUUUCUUCUUCUCUGUGGUCUUUUUAAUCCACGUCUGUUUACUUUGCUUUUUUCCCCCCCCGACAUCCCCGCACACCAGAGACAAAACACAUACUUCUAUAUAUAAAGCUCUAUACACUGUAUAUGUACACAUAAAAAAAAAAAAACGGGAAAACCUCUGAGAUGCAGACGCUCUCCCACGCACCUGCACACCGUCAGGAUAUGUGUGUGCGUCUUUGUGUCGCUGAUGCAGUUUUAAGACAAAAAAAAAAAAAAAUCACCAGUUUACCUCUGGAGCUCUCAGCCAUAGCAGACUUUUAUCUCAGCUCUGCAAGCAGCUUUCUGGACUGCUGUGGCUGCCGUUACGAAGCAGGUUAAUAUACAUAUAUAUGUAUAAAAAAUGUUGGUUUGUUUUGAGGGUCAAAACGGCCAUUUUGAACACACACAGUGCAGGGCUUUUACAGAAACGGGACGCAAGCUGAGAGUUCAUGUCAACUGUCUUACCUCAGAAUCAUACUUACAGAGCAGGGGAAGGGGCGGGGCUUGCACAGGACCAUAGCAACCAUCAACAACCAUUUUUGAAAAAAGACAAAAAGAAAGAAAGAAAGAAAACCACCUCUUGAUUGUCUCUGGUGUUGUUGGGCGAAGAUAGCUUACAGAACUUCUUCUUUUCUCAGUUUCUGGUAUAAAUAUAUAAAUAUAUGAACUGUACAUUGCAAAAUAGAAGCACUAUCAAAGUUUGAUUGUUAGGUGUGCACUCGCAGCAUGAGGUAUUAUUCUUUAUUACUAUUCAUAACUCGAAUAAAUGAAAAGGUGAAAACAGAUUUUUGAAGGUUUGGAAGAAAAAAGAAAACCCCUGAAAACACAAAAUAAUGCAGUAGCAUCCAUCAAUGUCAAAGAAUAUACCCACCCUUCACCCCCACUCCACACAAACACACCCAAGACCUCCUACCCUCUGUGCCGCCUCCUCCAUGCAAGCCGAUUGUUCCUUACACCCCGAACUGCCCCGUGUCCACGCCAGUUUUCCCCUCGUGUUCAAAGUGCCAAUAAACUUUGUGAAUUCCUAACUGUGACCCAGAAAUAAAGAUGAUUGCACAUUAACUACUGUAAAGAGGAAAAGAAACCAGACUGAUGAUUAAAAAUGAGGAAAAAUAUGGAUAUCCUAAUAAAAGAUUUGUAAUAAAACAAGACUGAACUGAA